AUGGAUGGAAUAACAUUCAGAACUCCUGAUGAAAUCCAAAAAGCUGUUGAAUAUCUGAAAAAGAAGUUUGAGAUCAAAGAUUUUGGAAAAACUAAAUUUUGCCUUGGUCUGCAAAUUGAGCAUUUGGAAAGUGGAACAUUUAUCCACCAAUCAAAUUAUACCAAAAGGGUACUAAAACAGUUCCUGAUGGAUAAAUCACAUUCACUAAGUACCCCAAUGAUCGUUAGAGCACUUGAUCCAACAAAGGAUCCUUUUAGACCAAAAGAGGAAAACGAAAAAACAAUUGGCCCUGAAGUGCCGUAUAGGAGUGCUAUAAGCGCAUUAAUGUAUCUUGCCAACAGCACCCGACAUGAUAUAUCAUUUGCUAUUCAAUCGAGAUCCAAUUCGAUUGUUGAGAACAACGAUGACUUGGCGGUAGACUUCGGCUCCGGUCAUCGUCUCCGGCAGCAGCUUCUCUCCGGCGAACCAGCAUUCUGGCAGCGGUCGACAAUGGCGAUUUCCAGCAUCCUCCAACAGCAGGCAGACUGA